ACGGGAAAAGGAGAGGGAGGCGGAAUGCAACAGGCUGAGCUCUAUCGUGGCAAACACAACUACUACGCUCCGUCUCAGCUAAAGCCUCACCAACCACCACACUGUGUACCGUGUCCACAUCUCACUUCUGAGUUUGGACCUGCUCAAGUCCUGGUCAAGUGACUCCUGGUCCGUCUUUCUCCUUCAUCAGCAUCGUUCUCGCCUCUCUGCAGCCUGACGGCAGAGCAGCCAGCAGCUGAGAGAGGCUGAAUGGCAGCAGCUCACUUCAAACUCAACACAGGCCCCUGACAAAAGUCAACGCAGGAAGACGAAACAACGAGACAGUCUGAGAAAAGUCAUCCAAACCAGCAGCAGCACUUUUCAGGAUGGCAACCAACAGGGAGCACCAAGUGCGUCACAUGGCCGGCUUCCCCCGAGCUAUGUACCCGUUCACCUUUAACUCCAUGCGGAGCCACUCCCCCUUUGACCUGCUGGCCAGUAGCCACCUCUUCGGCCGGUUUGGGGCAGACCUUCCCAAAGAGAUGGCUGCAUUGUCGGUGGAGACCCAGAGCACCAGCUCAGAGGAGAUGCUCCCCAGCUCUCCUUCUCCUCCUCCUCCUCCCCGGAUCUACAAGCCUUGCUUUGUUUGCCAGGACAAAUCAUCUGGUUAUCACUAUGGAGUGAGCUCCUGUGAGGGCUGCAAGGGUUUCUUUCGGCGCAGUAUCCAAAAGAACAUGGUGUAUACCUGCCACAGAGACAAGAACUGCCAGAUCAACAAAGUGACCCGCAACCGCUGCCAGUACUGUCGGCUGCAGAAGUGCUUUGAGGUUGGCAUGUCCAAAGAAGCGGUGCGUAACGACAGGAACAAAAAGAAGAAGGAUGUAAAGGAGGAGGUGGUGCUGCCAGAUAACUAUGAGUUGAGUGGAGAACUGGAGGAGCUGGUUAAAAAAGUCAGCAAAGCUCACCAAGAGACCUUUCCAUCUCUGUGCCAGCUAGGAAAAUACACCACAAAUUCAAGUGCUGACCACAGAGUUCAGCUGGACUUGGGCCUGUGGGAUAAAUUCAGUGAGCUGUCCACUAAGUGCAUUAUAAAGAUUGUGGAGUUUGCAAAGCGGGUACCAGGCUUCACUACGCUCACCAUCGCUGACCAGAUCACCCUCCUCAAAUCUGCAUGUCUGGACAUCCUGAUGCUGAGGAUAUGCACUCGCUACACCCCAGAACAGGACACAAUGACCUUCUCAGAUGGCCUGACACUGAACAGGACCCAGAUGCAUAACGCUGGCUUUGGCCCACUCACAGACCUGGUGUUUGCCUUUGCUGGCCAGCUGCUGCCUUUGGAGAUGGAUGACACAGAAACAGGCCUACUCAGCGCCAUCUGCCUCAUCUGUGGAGACCGUAUGGAUCUGGAGGAGCCACAGAAGGUAGACAAGCUGCAGGAGCCACUGCUAGAGGCUCUGAAGAUCUACACCCGCCGCAGACGCCCAAACAAGCCUCACAUGUUUCCCCGAAUGCUGAUGAAAGUCACAGACCUCCGAGGAAUCAGCACCAAAGGUGCAGAAAGAGCCAUCACACUAAAGACGGAGAUCCCAGGCCCCAUGCCUCCACUGAUCAGAGAGAUGCUGGAGAAUCCAGAAGCCUUUGAGGACAGCAGUGACUCAGGAGACAGCGCCGCAGCUGCUCCCCCUGCCAUCCAAGCCAUCAAACAAGAGGAGAAGGCCACAGAUGAGUCAGCCGUUGAGGAGGAAGAGGAGGAGGACGACGACGACUACUGGGAUGAGGAGAAAGAGCGAGGGGCAGACAGUGAUGGGGAGCUGUUGGGGGAGGCGGCAGCGGGCGUGCAAAAGAAAGGUGUAACUGGGAAAACGCAGUGAGAAUGACAAGAUGAGGCUGCUCCCUCCUUCAGAUCACUGAGCCCUCCCAGAAACCUCACAGAAUUAGGCUCUUAUACAACAACAGUGUUGAAUACAGCACAUAUAUAUAUACUGUAAAUGUUGACUGAAAGGAAAAUAUGUUAAAUUCAGUAUAGGAAGCAAGGAAUGGGAGAAGCAAAAGCACUAAAUGUAAGUGGGUUGAGGAGAGUGCCAUGAAAAAAAUCACUGUGCCAAAAUGAGACUGUCUAAAAGAUAUUUCAAAAGUGUUUUGUCCACCCAAGGAGGAACACGAGGUGGUGGACAGAAUAAAAUGCACUCCUCAGCUAUUGAUAAGGGCUAUGCUUUAUAUGGAAUUGAUGGUAAAAAAUACAUUGCAACAACAGAACUCUAUGUGGUUUCCUUUUGCCGCAAAUGUCUUCUAAGAAUUCCUUUUAAUACUAUUCGGAGAUUUGCGACUUAUUUUUUUAUUGUAUGGAUUUUCUAUGCAUGUAAACAUUUCUGUUCUGUCUUUUUUGCCUGUUUGUGGGACUCUGUGUUGCUUUUUUUUGUAUAUUUUUCACUAAGUCCUGCUAGAAUUUGACUGGACAUAUAGUGAGUUUUUUUAAGCUUGUCUUGUCUUGUUAUGCAUUUCUGCGUUGUUAGACACAGUGAAAAGCAAGAGCAAAGAUAAUAAAGAGAGCAAUUGCAAAGAGAGAGCAGGUCAUGAGCAGGACUCAAGCUCACACUACUACGACAAGCACGUGGUAUGAAAUAUAAAAACAUAUAAAAGAAGACUGUAAUUUCAGCUCUGGUGCUUGUGAUGCAAAUAAGAAACUAAUCAAUAAUGCAAAUCAAGUAUAGCAGCAUAAUUCCGCCUCUCGACAAAAAAUACACUCAAUAUUUUGUUUUAAAUACUUCGACUAAAGAAUCUGCAGGGUCGAUUAAAUGUCAUCAAACAAUCUCAGGUUGAUUCUAUCAGGGUCGCAUCUCAUCUGACAACAGUAUUUUUUUAAGAAAUGCUCUGACAUAGCGCCAACAUCUUCAACAAGAAGUAGGAUUAUUACAAAUGAUGUUGUUGACCAUGAUGCACAUGUCUUUGUGAAGCCAUAAUAUUUUCAUUUUGUAAAAGUGAGUUAUGAAUCAUCCAAAUGAACAUAACCCUAAAAAGCAGUUUACUUCACAGAAAACCUCAGGUGAAUAUGUGUGUGAGUGUGUGUGCAUGAGCGUGUUACUGAGAGCAUUUAUCAAUACAGUGAUAUAGAGAUCUCCGUCAUUACUGCCAUUAUCCAAUUAUUAGUAUUAUACAAACACACGCAAAAUAGGUUUUACAGCUAAAAACUUUACAAAGUUCACUCACCCAAAGACGUCUGUUGGACAGAAGGAUAUUGAUACCAAUGUAAGCUGACCAAGACUCAGAUGAUCAACUAAAUGAGGCCGCAACCGUCCAACAUAGUUACCAACAAAACGAAAGCUUUACAUUGGGUAACCUUUCUGCCAAAGCACCGGGCCAUAGUUUCAAAUGAUGUGUGUACAUGUGUGCUGCAUCUUAAGAGUGAUGCAGUACAUGUUUUUUGUAAAAUAAAUACUUAGGAUUUGUUUUUCAUUGAGACUAUGCAGUUGUUUUUAUGCAAGAUGUUGAAAAUUGCAAUUAUCUAUGUAAUGAAAGACAAUGUGAGUCUUACUGAACGCCUUGAUAGUUGUAAGGCAAAGAUUCUCCAUCAGCAUGUUGUCCUUCAUGGCUCUGCAGUUCAACUGCAACUUACUUUUAAUGUAGUUUGUUGAUAUUAGGGAUAAAAAGAUAAAGCUAAUGUAUGACAUCUGAAAAAAAGACUGCAUGUUUCUAAUAAUCAUAAAUGGAGUCAUUUACUCCCUGAAUGAAGCAAAGAAAGAGAAGAUGUAGAGAGAAUAAGCAGGAAACAGAUCCUUUGGCAACACACCAGCAGCUUUGAAGCAGUGACCAUGUAUACAAGUCAGAUAGGUCUUUGGUACCAGAUGUAAUGCCAUCAAGUACACAGAAGUUGAUUUAAAGUAUUAAUGAAUCAACCUUAAUGCCAUGACGAUGUUUUCAGACUGUUAAAUUGUAAUUUGUGAUAUUAUAGGAUGAAAACAACACAGUCAAAUGACUGAGGUAAAAGAUAAGAGUUAUCUUCAGUGUGUCUCACACACACACACACACACACACACACACACACAUUCACAAAGUACCAUAGUCAAUAUUUUGCACAUCUUCAGCCAAUUCUACAUACUAUGUUGUUGAGUAUUUAAAUGUCACAUAACUAUGACAUUUCAUAUUAAAAUGUUUUCCUGUUUUCUCACCUUUUUCUAUUUCUUAAACUUGUUUAUUUUCUUGAAUUUGAGCUGGUGCAAUAGAUAAAACACGGAAGAGGUCAAAAGGGCCUUCGCUCUAUAUGUCAGCAUGUGAGUAAGAAAAAUUAAAAAGACCAAAGAUUUAUCCAUGCAUUUGGACAAAAACACAUAAAUAAAACAAAAUAAAUACAUUAUAAAAAAUCUAUAAAAGUCAUUGAUGUGAAAUGUAUUCACUUUUGUAUUGUGUGAUAAAGAAAAUACCAGGAUCUCAAAUAACUUUUGAAGCUGGAAUCAUCUUAUCUCUGUUACAUUUUGUUGUUGAGGUUUUUUUUACUGAUGUCUUUUUAUAAACAAUCUCUACAAUGUGCAAAUAACUUGUCUUCAUGUUCAGGGAUUCUGACACCUCGUAAUUUUUAUUUCAGUUGGUCUUAUACCAAAAUAGCUUUGAAACCUCCAAACACACACACACACACACACACACACACCGAAAAACAAAGACUGGGCGGAUCUGUUUGUGUUUUUACGUUUCGAUUUUUGCUUAUUUGUUGCUUGUCAUUUGCUUAUUUGUUAUUUGUUAUUUGUUGUUGUAUUUCUUGUAUUUUCGAUAA